ACAUAAAUCAGAACUUUCUGAUAAAGAAAAAGAAUUUAAGAAAAACAUGAGUAAUAAAGAAUAUAAUGGAUUAUAUCUUGAAGAAUUUAAAAGAUAUGGUCGACAAAUAAUUAUACCAGAAAUAGGCAUAGAAGGUCAAAACACUUUAAAAAAAGCAAAAGUAUUGGUUAUAGGUGCAGGAGGUUUAGGUUGUCCUGCUUUAGUUUAUUUAACGGGAGCAGGAAUUGGGACUAUUGGAAUAGUUGAUGGAGAUUAUGUGGACAUAUCAAAUUGUCAUAGACAAAUAUUGCAUACAUCGUCUAAAUUAGGACAGAAAAAAGUUAAUUCUGCUAUUGAGUAUUUAAAAGACCUGAAUCCUUUUGUAGAAUUUAUUGGUUAUUCCACACAUAUUUCUCCAUCUUCAGCAAUAGAUAUUAUUAAACCAUAUGAUAUCAUUCUUGAUUGUACAGAUAAUCAAUCAAUACGUUAUCUUAUAUCGGAUACAUGUAUUCUUUUAAAAAAACCUUUAAUUAGUGCUAGUGCUGUAAGAACAGAAGGACAACUUUGUAUUUAUGGAUUUCGAGGAAGCUGCUGUUACAGGUGUCUUUUUCCUGUACCAUCUCCGGAAGAAACAAAUCAAACAUGCGAGGGAAAUGGUAUAUUAGGGAUGGUUGUUGGAAUAAUGGGGACAUUACAAGCAUUAGAAACAAUAAAAAUUUUGUUAUCACAACAGCUAUUAUCCGAAUAUAACAACAUAGAAACAAAUAAUUAUGUAUCCUACAUGACUAUAUUUUCAGCAUUUUCGGUUCCUCAAUUUAAGUUUAUUAAGCUUCGUCCAAGGAAAAGCUCAUGUCCAAGUUGUGGAGAUAAACCUUUAAUUACAAAAAAUAUAAUUGAAGAAGGAUCUUAUUAUAAUUUAAAUACUAUAUGCAAGGAGGAAAUCUUGGAAAAAGAGCAGAGGAUUACUGCGAAGGGAAAUAUCACAUAAUUUAUAUAUAAACACUCAUUUUUUUUAGGAAUUAAAUUAUAUAUUUGAAUCUAAAAAAAAAUCUCAAGUUAUAUU